GAGGAUGGGGGGGUGCUUCCCUCUCUGCGUCCCAAACAAAGUGUCACAAAGAGCUCGGCCGGCGGCAGCGGCGGAGGCGGCUGCAACUCAGCUUUUGUUCUCCGGGCCCGGGUAGCUGAGCCUUGGCCUCCCAGUCUCCCAACCCUGUCCCCCAUCAUCCUUCUGGUUUAUCUUCGCCGGGAGGGGCCAGGGGUGCUGCUAGAAGAACCUCUUGUGCAAGAUCAAAGGUCUUGCCCUACUUGCCAACCUACUUCUGGGAGGGAGAUUUUCCCAGAGGCUUUCCUACCCACUCCCCACCCCCUAAUCUGAGAACUGAGGUUCAUAUGGAUGCUGAGACUCUGACCUUUCUAGGGUCAGCUCCAGCUAAGGGGGCUUAGGGCUGGCUGCAUGCCGCUCCCCCAGAUCCAGGUUCUUCGGAACUUUCAGAAGAGGGGUCAACUUGGGACAUGCCUCUGGGAUAAGAUUCACCAUGGGUGGGGUGGCUGUAGGUGAGCAGGUGUACUUCCUUCUCACCUCUUGCUGUCCAUUUGCGUACUAUAACCCCCACUCAGGGUAGUGAGGAUGGAAGGAAGGAGGCUUUACCAAGAACUCAAUCUAAAAGGUGGGCAGGCUGUGCUAUUAGGUCAGUUUUGGGGGAGCCACCUGAGCAGUGCAGUUCAGAGGACCAUGGAAAGGAGGCCAUAAAAGUGAACUAGUGGCGUGUCCAUGUGUUAAAGGUGGUCUUGACUCUAGACCACCUAAGGAGUUCCCUUUCAACUCCAUCUAGUACAGCAUUAAUCAUAAUGUUAGAGGACUUGGAAGGCGUAAAAAUUCUCAGAGGGGGAAAACAUCAAGUAUUAGAGACAACCAGAGACAGAGACCUAGUCACUGUCCUUCAGGCCCUAUACUUCAAGUCCUGACCAUUGCCCAUUACACUUUGACCCUAAAAGUUUUUGAAACACAAAGUUUGAGAGAGAAUCUUGAUGGUCCUCCAGACAGCAGAUGCAUCUAUGUACUUGUCCCUGUUGUUUCUAAGAGUCUUCUCACCAACCCUUGAUGGUCCACACCCCCUUUCCCACCAGGUCUCCUAGCACAUAAAAGGAAUUGGCCUAUUGCUUUGGAAAGAUUUUGGAUCCCUAUCCCUGGCCCUACAUCCUUGUAGAACCCAAAUAAGGGCAAAAUAACCCUUGGUUCCCACUGAGGGUGGGAAGUAGGUCAGUGCUACUGCCUGGCUAAGUCUCGUGGUUGGUGUUUAGGGCCUGACUAUAGAAAACUCUGAUUAUUGCCCACGGGCAAUGGAUGCAUGAUCUGGGUUCCAGGUCAUUUCAUAAAAUCUGGGGCUCUGGGGCUCUGUCAGUGCUUUCUCCUACUGAGAAAAACUUGUGGGAUCAGGUUCUUGGGACCUCUUUGGUGAGGAGAUGAUUCUGGAGAUCUUGACUGAGCCUAGGAGGGUCUCUCAGUGGGUUUUGUUGAUUUGAGGCUACCCUCUGGGGAAACUUUCCCUGCUGGGAAUUCAGCUUCACUUUAAGCCUUCUUGUAUAUCACUGCAUUUCCGUCCUGGAAAACUGCUAUGUGGAAAGUGUUUUUGUUUUGUUUUGGGGAGGAAGCUUUGCCCAAUUCCUACUCUACUUGCCUUGGAAUGAGAUCAGCCUCCCAGGAGGUAUUUUGUUUACUAUCCUAUAGGCACUUUUAAGGGCCCUAGAAUCUUCUCAGAAUCAGAGUAUGUGCCCAUAGGUUAGUCAGCUAUGACCAUGCAGUAUUCCCAGCCUCCUCCCCCUCCUCCCCCACCAUCUGCUUCCUCUGAAUAUACCAGAUUGGCUGUACACCAGGAUGUUCCGGGAAUCCCCAGGAGAGCAACAGAAUGUGAUGGACCCAAAUAUGAUGCCUCAGUAACUCAUUCCAGGAUGUACAAACUGUAACUGUCAGAACACUCCUUAUAGCUAAUUAAAAUUCUUCUAGUUACAUCUAUUUUCUGUUACAUCUGUCUAUUUUCAGUGACAUCCAAAAGGCCAAAAUAAUCCCUCUGGUACCACUGGUUCCCCCCCCGCCCCAUGGUUUCCAGAUAAGAAUUUUUAAAAAUCCUCUGGCUUUUCUCAUUGCCUUAUGUGAGGUGCUAAAAUGGCAAAUGUGGCCCCUCUAGCACUUCAUUGCUCUAUGGUAUGGAGGUGGCCAAAGAGGCUCCUCUGGUAGCCCACUGCACUCUCCAUGGUACUGAAGGAAUGACCAUUUGUUUCAACAUCUCUCUGGGGUCCAGAAGAGUCCUAUGACUCAGAACCACAAAACUUUUGAACUGGAGGGGACCAUCAGUAUAAAUUAGUCUAAUCCCCUUAUUUUACAGAUGAGUAAACUGGGAAGUUAAGUGAUUUACUGAAGGUUGCAGGGCUAUUAAUGAUCUGACUGGGCCCACAAUAGUCUUGUAUUCUUCAGUCCUACACUAAUUCAUCUUUCAUUAUAUUACUUAGUGAACUCAACAAGGCUCUUGGUCUCAGGAAAGGGGCUUAUUUGGAGGAUCCAGAAGAUGAGAGUGGAUGCCUUAAUUGGAGCUGCAGAAAUAAAGAUAUUUAAAAGUUGUGGUGGAGGUUGUUUAGUGACCUUGGACAAAGACAUUUUGUUAAUUAAUUUCCUGUUAAUAAAAUUCCCAUCACCCAGAUUCCACAUGUAACAGGUACCUGACCCUUCAUAGAGUCUUGUCCCAUCUACUAAACGUCAAAAAUUAAAGCACCCUUGGGUCUCCAGAGCCUUUUUUCUUUGCAGGGCUGACCCUAGCUCAGUUCUCUUCUGUUAAAAUUCCUUAAGCAAAAUAAUGCUGAAUCCUUUUCUUUCUCAGAAACCUAUUUCAGUUUCACAAUACCUAUUGUAAGGAGGUUCUUUAUACCUCAAACAUUCUUUCUGUCUCAGGCCAAAAAAAAAAAAAAAAAAAAUCAGGUAAGGUCCACAUUUGUCUAGCUUUGACCACGUACAGUUGUAUAUGGAAGCAAGAAAGAUAGACUAGAUGACUUCUGGUCAUUCUCCUAGGUCUAUUUCCAUGAAUCUUAAUUCUGGGGUUGCUUCUAAGUCCUGCUAACCUCCUCUGCAGCUUAGAAUCAGGAGAUCCUCGCCCCCCACCCCCACCCCCAAGUCCUCUUCCUCUCAAUGCUCUUCUCCUUCCUCAGAACUGGAGCUUUGCACAUCCCAGGCUCAGGGAAUUUUAGCCUGGAGAAUUUUAACCCUUUUCAGCUCAGAGCAUGUGCUGAGCCCCUAUCUGUGCAGAUGGCCCAGCCCCGCCCCCCGUCCCUCACUCCAGCCUCUUGAGCUCAGAGCCAGUGUAAUCCUCCUCUUGUGUGAGGGAGCCUCUCCCCUGCAGAGAGGAGGAAAGCCUGCCUCGGAACAGCCCUGGACAAAGGGGCUGAGAUGCCCCAUCAAACUGCAGGCUCCAAGCUCUUCAGCACCUGUUGCCUUCACUAGCAGCUUUUCCCCCUCCUCUUCCGUACACUCCUCAGAACCAAAGAAUGUGAAGGGAGUCCAUGGAGGGCUCACGUCCCCGCGCCCCGGUCGGCCACCUAGCGCCGUCGCCCCCGGCUUUCGACGGCGAACUGGAUCUGCAGCGCUACUCCAACGGGCCAGGCGUGAGCGCCGGGUCUCCAGGGAUGGGAGCAGUGGGCUGGUCUGAGAGUCGCGCAGGCGAACGGCGCUUCCCCUGCCCUGUAUGCGGGAAGCGCUUCCGCUUCAACUCUAUCCUGGCUUUACACCUGCGGGCGCACCCAGGCGCCCAGGCCUUCCAGUGCCCGCACUGUGGCCACCGUGCUGCGCAGCGGGCGCUGCUGCGCUCACACCUGCGCACGCAUCAGCCCGAGCGCCCGCGAAGCCCCGCAGCGCGCCUGUUGCUGGAGUUGGAGGAGCGAGCUCUACUGCGGGAGGCCCGGCUGGGGAGACCUCGAAGCUCAGGGGGCCUGCAGGCCACCCCUGCCACCGAGGGCCUGCCGCGGCCCCAGGCUUCUUCGUCGUCCGCCUUCCGUUGCCCCUUCUGCAAAGGCAAAUUUCGCACCGCGGCGGAGCGCGAACGCCACCUGCACAUUCUGCACAGGCCCUGGAAGUGCGGCCUGUGCAGUUUCGGCUCCAGCCAGGAGGAGGAGCUGCUGCACCACAGCCUGACGGCCCACGGAGCUCCCGAGCGCCCCCUGGCGGCCACCUCGGCUGCGCCCCAGCCUCAACCUCCACCCCAGCCUGAACCUAGAUCGGUCCCCGAGCCAGAGCCAGAGCCUGAAAGUGAGGCAACCCCCGCCCCCGCUCCUGCUGCUCCCGAGGAGCCCCCAGCGCCUCCGGAGUUCCGCUGUCAAGUGUGUGGCCAGAGCUUUACGCAGUCCUGGUUUCUCAAGGGUCACAUGCGCAAGCACAAGGCCUCCUUCGAUCAUGCAUGUCCUGUUUGUGGCCGCUGCUUCAAGGAGCCCUGGUUCCUAAAGAACCACAUGAAAGUGCACGCCAGCAAGCUGGGCCCACUGCGUGCUCCGGGGCCUGGUUCCGGGCCUGCCCGGGCCCCCCAGCCUCCUGACCUGGGCCUACUUGCCUAUGAGCCUCUGGGCCCUGCGCUCCUCUUGGCCCCAGCGCCCACCCCCGCUGAGCGCCGUGAGCCUCCGAGCCUCCUGGGCUACCUGAGCCUGCGAGCUGGCGAGGCGCGGCCCAAUGGUGAGGGCGCUGAGCCUGGGGCUGGCCGCAGCUUUGGAAGCUUCCGCCCACUGCCCACUGCUCUCCCAGCCCGGGCUCGCCGGCACCGCGCCGAGGAGCCAGAUGAGGAAGAGGAGGUGGUGGAGGCAGAGGAAGAGACCUGGGCCCGGAGCAGGGCGGUGGGCCCUCUGGCUUCCCUGCCCCCGCGCCCAGGCGAGGCCCCAGGGCACUCUGCGCCUGCCGCGGGGGCCCAGGCGAGGUCCACCGCCACGCAGGAAGAGAAUGGUCUGUUAGUUGGAGGGGCCCGGCCUGAAGGGGGCCGGGGGGCCACCGGCAAGGAUUGCCCCUUUUGUGGAAAAUCCUUCCGCUCAGCGCACCACCUCAAAGUGCACCUGCGCGUGCACACAGGCGAGCGCCCCUACAAGUGUCCGCACUGCGACUACGCGGGCACCCAGUCCGGCUCGCUCAAGUAUCACCUGCAGCGCCACCACCGGGAGCAGAAGAGCGGAGCCGGCCCCGGGCCACCCCCGGAGCCGCCGCCCCCUUCCCAGCGGGGUUCGGCCCAGUCGUCCGGAGCCAAGGCGGCUCCGCAGCCUGCGACCUGGGUAGAGGGCAGAGCGAGCCCCCGGCCUCCCGCGAGUGGCGGCGCGCCGGGGUCCCGUCGGAAGCCCGCCAGCCCCGGGAGGACCCUGCGCAACGGGCGAGGCGGUGAGGCCGAGCCCCUGGACCUGUCCCUGCGGGCAGGGCCAGGAGGCGAGGCUGGGCCAGGGGGUGCCCUCCACCGAUGCCUCUUCUGUCCCUUCGCCACGGGAGCCCCCGAGCUCAUGGCCUUGCACCUACAAGUGCACCACAGCCGCAGGGCUCGGGGCCGCAGGCCGCCCCAGGCCGAUGCAUCCCCGCCCUAUGCCCGAGCACCGUCAGGAGAGACCCCUCCCACUCCUCCGCAGGAAGGGGAGGAGGGCCCCGGGCUGUUGAGAUCCGGAGAGGCUGGGCUAGGGGGCCAAGAAAGGUAGGGAGCCCUCUUAGGGGGCCGUUAGCUUAGUUUACCCCGCCGGAGCGGGGCAGCGGUAGAGGUAGUUGGGUAGAGCAGCCAGCAGGGGGCAGCGUGGGACCCAUAUCCCAGCCCCAGGCGGACCAGAGGUGGAGGGGCAGAGAGCGUGAGGAGGGUGGGCGGGCGACACCCACCCAGCCCACGGGAGAGUCACAGUGCCUUAGCAGUGGCAGGGGUGAGGAUCAAAGAACGGGGUCCCAGGGCUGGCAGAGAGGAGUGUUCCUGCUGAGGGGCAGCUCUGCCAGUCUUUGCUGGUCCAUAGGCGUGAGAGUUUAUUUUUGUACAAUGGGUGGGGGUGGGGGGCACUGCACCCUUCUAGCCCCUUCAGGGGCCCUGUAGACGUCGCUAUUUUUGGUACGAUUCCUGUCAUCCCUGUCGCAGAGUUGUGUCCCCAAUAAACAGGUGUCUUGAGACACAGGG